CUGCCAGACACAUUUUAUUUAACGAUUGCUUCAUAUCUGUAUAAAAUUGGUAUUUGGACGACAGAUUUGCGAUCUAGAUUUGGCAAAAUGCGUUGGUUCAGCAAGGUUGCUCCUAUAACGAAAAGGCAUGGGGUUAUUUUACAUUUACUAAUAUUGAUACAAGUGUCUUCCUCUGAGAAAGACAUCCUUUGUCCCCGAGGACAGUCGAGUGAGGAAAUUAACUGGGAUAAGCUUUAAGGAAUAUGGAAGGAUGUGAUUGAUAUUCCGACUUCAUUGAAGCCUGUCACAUGCUGGACAUACGAAGAUCCCAGUCCGAACGAAAUGGGAUUCACAGUGAAAAUUCAUAAAAGUAAUAUCACCAGUGUAUCGCAUGAGCAGACAUUUGUUCUGCAAUACAAAGAGAAGCGUCCUGGAGUUUAUACCGAAAACGACUUAAUCAAAGAUACAUCUGGUCUGGAAACUAUUUUACUAACGGACGAUGAAAUUUUGAUUUUAGUUGAAUGCUACAAUGAAGGAUGGCAUGCUUUCGUAAAGAGCCGGGAUCCGCACGAUAUAAAUAUCGGAUAUCUCGAUAGAAUAUCCACAAUGUUGAGAAGCGUUGGACUGAGCUCUCCGAUCAUGACACUGAAGAAUGGAUGUUUUGAAAAAAGUGAUAUUUGAUGAAACAUAUCUAAUGAACGUUGUUGCUUUUGUUAAGUUAUUCAGUAAAUAUUACAAUGCUCAACACUAAUAAACUCAUUUAAGCAGA